ACCUCUCGCCGAGUGAGCUGAAGUCUUAUAGCAAAUUGUAAACCUGAAACUUUUGUGUCGUUUCUCGAGCCAUUAACGUUAAAAACAUGAUUCCUUCGUCUGACUCCUUGCUGAAGUAUGAAUCUCCGGUGUUAGUGAGCAAGAAUACAGAGAGAAAGUCUCCGAGGAGUCGUCCUUUGAAAGUGAGCUCACACCAGAUGGUAGAAAGCGGUCCUGUUCCACCGCCACCCAAACCUAAGAGUCCCUCCGCAGAGGCCAACAAACAGCAAACCGAAGAGAUCCUGAAUGCCAUCCUGCCACCUAAGGAAUGGAUGGAGGACAACCAGUUGUGGGUGCAGCCGGUGUCCAGCGUUCCAUGCACACGAGUGGAUGUUAUUCACCUGCAAGAACAACUAGACAAAAAACUGCAGGAGAGGCAGGCCAGAGAGACAGGCAUCUGUCCAGUGCGCAGAGAGCUCUACAAUCAGUGCUUCGAUGAGCUCAUCAGACAGGUGACCAUCAACUGUGCUGAACGGGGCCUUCUGCUGCUGCAAGUGAGAGAUGAGAUUCGCAUGACCAUCGCUGCUUAUCAGACGCUGUAUGAGAGCAGUGUGGCUUUUGGCAUGAGGAAAGCACUGCAGGGGGAGCAGGGGAAGUCGGACUUUGAGAACAAGAUUUCAGAGUUGGAGAGCGAGAAGCGAGACCUGGAGAGGCUGGUGAACGAGCAGAAGGCUAAAUGUGACGCAAUCGAGAGACGGGAAGCAGAGCGGAGAGACAUUGAGGAAAAGAAGCAUGCGGAAGAAGUCCAGUUCCUCAAACGAACCAAUCAACAACUCAAGGCGCAACUGGAGAGCAUUAUCACCCUGAAGAAUAAAUCCUAAAUACUAUUAGAACAAUAAUACUCCAACCCAAACAAAUUUAAC